AUGAUUUCUUCCCCUCCAGGCUCACCCGAUGGUGCUCGCCAGGUACGUGCGCAGAGCAUGUACUCGGCCCCCUCACCGGAUCCUAUGCAGAAACAACGCCCGCAGAGCAUGAUCAGUCGCCCCCCUCCACGAAGCCAGAGUCGCAUGAGCCAGAGUAGCAAUCAUGUUGGAAGCCGAGCUUCAGAUGAAGAUGCAAAGACGUCGGUCCGAGUUGUUGUUCGAGUUCGACCCCCUUUGGGCCCUGCUGAUCCCGGAUUUGAACUCAUUCCACAGAGAUUCCAGCGUUCGAUGGUCCAGGUAAACACAAACACGAGCCUUGCCGUCGACUCACCCCAGGGGCGAAAGAUCUUCAUUUUUGAUCGCGUCUUUGGUGAAGAAACAACACAGAAGGGUGUAUGGGAAUACUUGCAAGACAGUGUAGAUUCUUUUCUACAAGGGUACAAUGUCUCAAUACUUGCGUACGGUCAAUCUGGAGCCGGUAAGAGUUACACGAUGGGCACCUCCGGCCCAACAGAACAGUUCGAUCCUUCUUUGAAAGGUAAAGCUUUGGCCCAUUCACAAAUCUGGAAAUAUUCUCAACUGUUGUCAGGUGUCAUUCCCAGAGCAGCGCAGCAUUUGUUCGAAAACCUCAACGGGAGUUCUGCACACAGCAGACACAGCUCGGGCUUGAAAUCACCCACCAGAUAUUCCGUUACAAGCCUGAACCAAGUCAUGCAGAACUCCCGAUCCUUUAUCGACAAGGGAUGGGAGAUGUCGGUGACAUAUGUUGAAAUUUAUAACGAGCAGCCAAGAGAUCUAUUGCUUCCAGAAGAUGCACCCUUCACCGAGAGAGCCAAUGUCCAAAUUCGAGAAGAUCCUCGCGGUCGAAUAUUCGUCGAAGGUCUUAAUUCGGUUCGCAUUUCCUCUAUUGAAGAACUAAUGCGCGUUCUGAACCACGGAUCAACAAUCCGACAGACUGACGCGACAGCCAUUAACGCUCGAUCAUCACGAUCCCACGCCGUCUUCACCGUCAACCUCCGCCAAACGAGAGCCCAAGGAUUCAAUUCGUCAAAAGACAAACGAUCUUCACUGGCCAUUGAUCACAUGUCCGGAGGCGAAUCUCCCAUGACGGUGGAAAGCAAACUCCACUUUGUCGAUUUGGCAGGCAGUGAAAGACUGAAGAAUACCGGCGCCACCGGUGAUCGUGCGAGGGAGGGUAUAUCCAUCAACGCAGGAUUGGCCAGUCUCGGCAAAGUCAUUUCUCAGCUGUCGUCGCGAACACCCGGGACAUAUGUGUCGUAUAGAGAUUCCAAAUUAACUCGAAUGCUUCAAGAUUCUCUUGGUGGGAACGCGAUCACUUAUAUGAUUGCUUGUGUCACACCCGCCGAGUUCCACCUCAGCGAGACCCUCAAUACGGUACAAUACGCUCAGAGGGCCCGAAAUAUUCAGAGCAAGCCCAAGAUCCAACAUGUUGAUGAUGGAGGUGAUAAACAAGCAGUAAUCGAACGCUUACGUACCGAGAUUGCUUUCCUCAGACAACAAAUUCGCAGUGCUGAAUCCUCCGAUCGUCGACCUGGUAUGAUGUCGGAGAGAUCGGACAGGCCGAAUGAACGAGAAAAUGAAUUGCAUCAUCAAUUAUUGGACAUUCAAGAGAGCUACAAUGCCCUCAGCCAGAGACAUGCGAAACUCGUGUCAGAACUGACCAAGAGUGCCGACACAGGUGAUCAACUGAAUUCGGCUGCUGGAGAAAGUGCCGUGGAUCGACUGAAACGAUCUCAAGCCAACCAGGAAAUGAUUGAGCAAGUGGUCAUGGAGUACGAGAAAACAAUUCAAAGCCUGGAGACGAAUCUUUCGAAUACUCGAUCAUCGCUCGCCACCACGGAAAGCAAUCUUCUCGAACGGGAGACCAAAUGCGCCUACAUCGAGACAAUGAAUCAGCAGUUGAAUGCUCGCGUCCAGAAAUUGAUGGAUCGAGAAUCGAAUACGGAACAAUAUCUACAUGACCUCGAGGCGAGACUCGAUGACCAGAAUUCUGGAGGUGAAAAGAAUGACGCCAUUAUCUCAGAUCUGCGCAAGGAAAUUGCGCGGAUCAGAGAAAGUGAAACAAAUGCGGAAGAUUACAUUUGCACUCUCGAAGAACGUCUGGCCGAAGCAGACCAAGAUAUGGAGAUCAUGCAACGUGAAAUCGAAAGACUCGAACACCUUGUUGAGCGUCAAAGAAGUCUCGGCAAACUCGACAAUCUACUCUAUGAACUUGACCAUAUCCAAGAUAAGGAUGGAAAGUCAAAGGUUCCCACCGAACCAUCCUCGGAAGCCACCAAAGUUGUCGAGGAAGAACAUGAGAAGGACCGAAAGACUGCGGAACAAACUGAAUUGCCUCCCCAACAAGAAGACGAACUCGAUGAGCACGUUGAGGAAUCUGCCCAGCAGCCAACGGAAGAAAGUGACGAGGCUGGUCUUGAAAAAUUAGAAACUGCUGUGUCUCAGCAGAAGUCGCUCCAAGCCCCCCAAGGAGGAGGAGAAGACGAGAAUCUUCCUAGCCCUGCUCAGUCAAAAUUCAUCACAGAGAAGUUCGAAGCGGUCAGCCAAGAAUUGUUCGAUCUCCGACUGGAGCAUGAAUCCACUGUCAACGAGUUGGAUCUGCUGUCAGCCAAAUAUCAAGAGGCUCUUCGUACUCUUGCUGAAAUGCAGGAUUCCAUUGAUGAACAGCCCCAGGCCACGACAUCUCCACCAGAGAACGGAACCACCGAGACUCCUCAAAGUCCUAGUUUUUUAGAGGAGGCGGAAAUGCAAGGAGCAGAGGAUGGACAACACUUACCUUCAUCGCGAUCACUCUCCUCGGAAUUGUCCUUGGCUGGGGAAUCUUCUACUUCGACAGAUACCGACAUUACGCCGGUUUCUAAAAAGACCCAGUCUGCAGAGGUUGCCUCCCAAGAAGUUGAACGAUUGCAAAACCUUCUUGCUGAACAUGAACGAAAUAUGCAUGAGGUGACGGAGCAAUACGUACAAUUGCAAGCAGAUCACAAGGAGGCCUUGAAUACCGUUGAGCGGUUAAAGUCUCAAGUCCAACGAGCCAGACCUGCCUCCCCUGGUACUCCGGGCAUGCUUCGACGCAUGACUUCACAGACUGGAUCAGGUGUUGACCGAGGUCAGCGUUCUAUAACGUCUCUCAGGACCCUGCUGGCCGAAGAGUUUGAAUCGAGACCAGACCGGAUGGAGGGGGCUGAAGUUCAUCUUAUUGCAGCUAACAAUGAACUUCAGACUCGUUUGGAACGUAUCCAUGCUCUUGAAGCCGAGGUCAAGAAUGCAAAGAAGGAAAUGGAAAUCAAGUCGACAAUCAUUUCUGGCUUGACGAGAGAAAGAACAAGUAUCAAAGCUGGGUCUCCUGUUGACUUGAACAUGGUGUCUCAACUUCGAGAUCAGAUUAUUCAGAAAGAGACUGAAUUAAAAUCACUUCAUGAAGGAUAUGCUCGUCGUGAACAAGAGCUGCAAGAUGAAAUCCAGACACUGAAGCUGGAGAAGGCCGGCGCACAACAAUCUAUUCCCCCAACAUCCGAGCAUGAGGAGAAGAUCAACGCCUUGAAUGAGCAAUUAUCGGAACUGAAAUCCAAGCAUCAAACAGCUCAAAAAGCGAUUGAUGAGUCUGAGAAGCGAUAUAUUCGGACGAAAUCUGAGCUCGAGGUAGCAUUGGCGAGUGUGGAGACUUUGAAGGCUCAACAGGCAGCUGGUGAAGGAGAUGCUUCGCUCGAACGCGCAGCUACUGCCAAUGCCAUGCAAACUGAGCGUGAUAAUUAUCAAGAGCUAAUUAGCAAUCUUAAGAAGGAGGUGGAAGAACAACGAAGCUUGAAUGAUGAACAUGCCGCGAAGACUUCCGAACUUCGUCAACUCCAUGCCUCACUCAGCAAAGAUUUCGAUGCUCAUUCGGACGUGAUCAAAUCUCAACAGCAAGAGAUUGCUUCUUUGAGAGCCGAGCUCGUGCAGCUGGAGAGGAAGGUCGAAGAAGCAGAAAUAGCUGCGGAAUCUCACAAAGAAAGUAUGAAGGCACUUCAUGAUGCUCAUGCAAGUGAGAUUGAAGAGAUGAAGCUUGCCCACGGCGGCAAUUUGGCCGGGUACGAUGACCAAAUUGCUGAAAUGACUACAAAACAUGAGAAACUCGUGGCUACAUACAAGACAGAUCUUGAACAUGCACUGUCGACCGUGCAGAAACUUGUUUCGAGUGCUGAGACAGCACUCGGUCAUCCAACAACGGCAGAUAUGCUUGCAAGCCAUAUUCAAGAUCUAGUGGAUGAGAAGCGCCAUAUCGCGGAGGCCAACCAUCGACUGAAUGGUGUCAAUGCUGAACUUGAACGUCAACUCGAUGGCCGACAAAGUUUGUUGGAACUGGAAGAAGAGCUUGCCAGUGCCAAUGCCAAGAUCGGUAAUUACCAAGAAACCAUUAGAAGCCUUGCCAAUGAAGUUGGAAAUCAUGAAGAAACAAUUCGUGAGAAAGACAAUUUGCUCAAGAAGGCUGAGGCAGCGGUUGAAGCGGUCGAGUCCGAGAAAGCAAAGAAGUUGGUGAUUAUUGAAGAAUUGGAGCAACAAUUACAGAAUAGCUUCGAUCAACAUCACAACCGAGUCUCUGUCAUUCAAGCUCAAGGCAAUCAAGCCUUGAUUGAAGCACAGCAGCGAAUCGCUACUCUGGAAAGAGAUUUGGAUCAACAAAGAUCUAUUAAUGAAGUUGGAUCGGAGAAUGGUUCUCGCAGCAACACCAUGAAAUCUCAACAUCGUCCUCAAUCUCCACCGGUUGAAGGAGGACCACCACGAUCCAACUCAAUGACCUCGAAUUUACGAAAGUCAGCAUCUAUCGCUUCGCUACCCUCGCCACCUCCAGCAAUUCCCCUCCCACCUCUGCCGACUCUUCCAGGACUACAAGUUGCAUCGACAAAUGCAACUAACCCUUCUCCCCCUCAGUCUCGCCAUACUUCAAAGGAAGUCGCUCUCCCAAUCACCCCUGUUUCCGGCACAGUUGUUUCUUCCAAUUCUCAAAACGUUCGACGUCAAUCUGCUUUGAUCGAGGAACAAGAAAACCGUCUCCGUACGAUCGAGAAACACCUGCACGCCGAGAAGCAGUUGACAGCAACUCUGGAAGAGGCGCUCGUAGAUCUCGAAACUCAAUCGAACAAGCUACGCGUCGAUGCCGAGAGCUGGAAGAAGAAGGCCUGGGCCAUGGAAGAAGAAUUGGCUGGGUUGAAGAAGGAGAGAAGAUCCGAGAGGUUGAGUGUACAGGCUGUGGAGGAGGAAGUGAAGAAGAGACGAGAAGCGGAGGCUGCACGCGCACAAUUGGAGGAAAGGAUGAGGUUAUUGACUGUUGGGAAAGAUGGGAAGAUCAAGAAACGAAAGGGCAGUUCGUUGAAUUGUUUUUAA